AUGGACACCACAAAACCUCCGGAAACGACUAGACACGACAUGAAUCUCGGAGAGUUCGAAGAUCCUGUGGACGGGUACGCCGACGACGAUCUGCUCACACCAGAUGAUCUAAGUGGUAAGAACUGAUAUAAGAAACUUCCUAUUUUUCCUUUCUUUCAGUGAGUGUCACCGGAAUGACACCCUCUCGCUCUUUUCUGGAGACGGAAGAGUUCGAAACGGAACUAGGUGGCGUCGAACCAUUCGAAGACCUCUUCAACGACAUUUCGGCGCACGAGAUCAUUCAAGUCAUUGCUGAUGGAGAUCGUGUCGGAAGGUAUGCGAGAUGAAAUUAUUUCCAAUUCUAAAGCGGAAAGACAAUUGCAGGCCAAUCGUGGUAGUCUAUGCGUAUCGUCUGCCGUCCAGCAAGGAGAUCGAUCACAGCCGUCUUCUUCAGUAUCUCACUCAAAUCAUCGACAAGGUAUCGGAACACUUCAUGAACUCGUCUAACCUUUUCUCAGAUUGUGGACCAGGAUUACACCAUUGUCUAUUUUCAUUACGGCCUCCGCAGUCACAACAAACCGCCCGUUCGUUGGCUGUUCCAGGCGUACAAGCAACUCGAUCGCAGGUUCGAAUUCGAUUUCAAUCCCAUGCUUCUCUCUCUCUCACACCGAAAACCGGUUGCAGAUUCAAAAAGAACCUGAAGGCGUUGUACGUGGUGCAUCCGACGCGUUUCAUCCGCAUUAUCUUCUCGCUGUUCAAAGGUUUCAUAUCGAGCAAGUUUGAGAACAAGUUCCACUAUGUGAUGUGUAUCGACGAAUUGGAGAACGCGCUUUCCGUUUCAAGGUAAAACUAAUCUUUCAGUUUUUCGUCAUUUCUUCCCGUUUCUUCACAGACUGAACCUCCCGAGCCCUAUUCGCGAUCAUGACAAGUCCUUUUCGAAUCAAACAAAUCGUCCGUCAACACCACCUUCCCAACCUCUUCCUACCCAACAAUUCGGAGUGCCACUUGAGUUGUAA